AUGAUUCGCGCAUCAAGUGAAGACGUUGCGGUGUCUCUGGAAGAUCUGCGUUUGCGAUUUUUCUGUUUUCUGCGCACACGUGGCUACGAACCUCGGGCAGCAGCUCUCGUUGCAGACGUAUUCGUAUUCUGUUGCAUAGAUGGGAAUAGUGAAUUGGUGUACCGGUCUUUAGAGGCCCUGCAAGUGUCGCGAAUAUGCGACGAGACCCCAGAGUCGGACAGACUGCACAGUCUGGAGUGCGAGCUGCGUGAGCUCGCCAACUGUAUUGCAGACCCCCCGAGCGCGUUGCCCCCGACACCUAGUUUGCGGUUCGUGCGGGCCCACAAACUCGUGGCGAGCCUGGAAGGGCGUGGCACGGAUAUGACGCUUGUGCUUAGCGUCGCAACGCGCACGUGCUUGGACCGCGUCGCCGCCCAUGGCAUCGCGCUCGUCAGUGCUUUCGGUACCAGCUGCGCAGCGCUGGGCUCUCUGGGAUAUUUUGCGCGAUGGAUUGCCCUCAACGGGUACGUCGCUGUGCUGGUCUGCGGGAGUUCGGCUCUUCAAGGGCGCUACAGCCGGAUGCGGGUUAUAUGGGGUGUUCCACGCGCACCAGCUGGUUCAGAGCCCCUUAUUUGGGAUUGCUACUGGGAUGACCAUUGCGUAAACUUGGAAAGCCUGAGUUCGAUGACCGUGGAUGUGGGUCUAGGUAUUUGGCCGUUCAUGGAGUUUUUGAUUGGACCUCUUGUGGGCACGGGGCCGUCGACUUUGAAGAGUGCAGAACAGGAUAGAGAGUCUUCUAUGCUGACACCGUGGGGUGCACUGAUUGUUGCCCUGGAUCGUCGUCUCCUUUUACCAUUGAACUUUGCGUCUUCAGUCGGUUCUCAGGGAGCAGGGGGCACAGACGAGCUCAUGCACAUUUUCGAGCGCGGUGGUACGAUGGAUCCGCGGGCGAACGUGAUGCGGAAAGCCAUGGAACGAGCAGAAACGCGCGCGCAUUGCCUGGAGGCAUCCAGUGCAUCGCUUCCAUCGUAUCUCUGGAGCUUCCUGACGGACGCCGCCGAUGAAGCUGCGGCGUCCUCAACAAGUGGACCUGAUGAAGGGGGAUGA